GCUUCUUGAAGGCAGACCUUAGCGCCGACGAUCAUCUAUUGCAAUGCCCGGUUCAUUCACCCGGCUGGACCUCCUUUUCCUCAACACGCUGCAUCAUGACGAGAUCAAAAAGUCGGCGUAUCCAUCUUGACAUUUCUCCAGCUGGUAUCGAAUGAGCUGACCUGUGUUCUCUCAUGCGCCCCUUCUUUUCAUUACUUACUCCUAAGUGCCGGUGAGCGAACUGACGGCUGCUCUAGCCCCCUCUCCCCCUAAUGAUCGAAGGUGUAUAAGAGGAACAUCUGCUGCCCCGGCUAGUGCCCGGCAAGAGAGAGUCUCACCCGACCAGCCCUUGCGAUGGACAACAUACAGGCGGGCAGCCGUGUUACAUUCUACGAGGGUAACAAGGCAUUACAUGGCACGGUGCAAGCCAUCGAGACUGUCGAGGCUAUGCAGGUUGCUGUCAUCAAAGUCGACGGCACCGACAACACCAUCAAAAUUCCAAUCAACGUAUUGACACGCAUCGGUUGAGUAUCAUACUCAAAGCUCACGGACUAGACUAGCACAUCGGACAGCGUCAUACUGUGGGACUCUAGCGAUAGGUUGUAGCCAUUUCGUCGUCCAUCCCUCUUCCAUAGACUAUCAGCUUCUCCCGGCUCUAGAUGUAUCGAUUGGAACGUUGGCUACUGACUUGUAAUGCAUGGACUUCUUCGAGCAGCGUAGGGCUUCGCUAUUGAUGUCAGU